AUGGCUGGCUCGCUUCUUCCACCUAAACAAAAUAUUUCACCGCUCAUUAGGUUUUCCAGAUGGGUCGCAUUGAUUAGUGGAAUUGUUUACGGUGCUUUUAAAUACAACUACUUAUCCGAACAAGAAGUAGAAAUUCAGAAGCAUGAGAAUGAGAUCAGAGAACAGUACAGAAUCAAGAAAGCUGCGGAGAAAAAAAAGCUGGAAGCAGAGGAAAUGGCUGCACUUGGCAGAGAAGCAGGUGUUUUACCCAGGAAAUCUUUCUAA